GUAGUUAAACGCGGCGCGCGCGCAGGGCACACGUGUACUAGAAGUGAUUCGCUCUCUCCGAUUCGUUUGUCGAAUAGAGAAGUUGAAGCCUCGCUUAGUUUUACACUGUCAGCCCUUAGCGUCAUUAUGAUACAAUUAUAAAGUUUGUUAAAAUAUUAAACCAGUAAUGAUGAUCUUGAUACAUAUUCCUGUUAAAGUGGACAUGUCUCUAUCGAUACAGUAAAAUCGAUCAGCUGUUUGUGUGUUAAAGUUCUCAGUAACGAGAUGAGGAUCAAUUUUAUUCGGAUAAUUUUUUUGAUAUUGCUUUACACAUUAGUGGCUUCCCAACCGGUGCCGAUAGCCGAAAACCAUUAUGUGAAACAGAAUGUACCCCAACACGUCCACAACGCUCAAAGUAUACCAAAGCAAGGAGAUACUUUAAAUGAAAACGACGAACAAAUUAUAUCUGUAAGAAUAACGUCUUCUGUAGCUGUUGGUAGAACAAAACCAAGACCAAUAAUAACAAUUAAUGAGAACAGAAAAGAUGUCAUGAAUCAGGAUACUCAUAUAACUACGCCUGCGAUUGAAGUAAGCCAACCAUUUGCCUCUACAACCGACAUUGAUGAUGUAACGACAGCUCUCCCAACGACUAUUUUAGAAGAUUUCGAAGCUGUCACAGAUAUACCGCCAAAUUUAAUCGGGGCUAACAUAGAGUAUAUAAAUCAGUUAAAAGCUAAAAAAGGAACAAGAGGUCUUAGUAAUUAUGAAAGACUUCAUUCGUUUACACCGAACAAUGGCUAUCCAAGUAGUAAUAAGACGAAUGAUUCGGUCGCUGAAUCUUCUAUAUUAGGACAGGACGAUGAAGUAGAUGAAGUACCGAUAGCAAGAAAUGUGCCGUCGUCAUAUUACAAAAACAAUAUUCAGGAACCAACCCGAGCGAAUACUAGAUUGACAACUGUUAAUUUUAAUGUAGUACACGAAAACCAAAAGGUUCCCAAAUAUAAUGACCGUUUACCUCCAUACGUAAAUGCAAAUCAGAAUGUUGGCGAUCAGAAGUUUUAUAAUACACCAUCGCAAAUAUACAGCCAGCCGGCACAAGUGUACAGCGAACCAGCUAAGUUUUAUAGCGAACCAGCUAAAAUAUACAGUGAACCAGCAAAGAUAUACAGCGAGCCGGCCAAAGUAUACGGCGAACCUUCAAAGAUCUACAGUGAACCGGCAAAAUUUUAUAGCCAACCCGCGUCUUUACAUUUGUCUCCCGAACAUGCUCAGGAACGCCGACCGUGGCAGCCACAGAAAUUGAAAUCCACCACCAUUAGUACGACACAAACUGCCUCAACUAGCCCAUAUAAACAGAACUCUCAGAGAAUCACCGAUCAGGAGCCUGAGAGGAACUACGAGGUGGACGAAAAGGUCAGUGUGAUGACAGACGGCAGGAGUCACGGCGAGCAGACCACUGAUGUAGAUAACCCAGAGAAUUGCAAACAGGAGAAUUGCAAAGUUGGUUACGUAGUGGAAGGCCGUCAGUUUAGAAAAUAUAGGGUUGAAGAGAGAACUCCUGACGGCUUCAUCGUGGGAGAGUACGGGGUGGUGCGGAACGAGGACGGCGCGCUGAGGGGUGUGAGGUACACAGCAGACAGCGACGCCAGCCCCCGCCUCAUACACGACGCCCUCAUGAAGUUCCUACAGCUGAAGUAGCCAGGAGGUGACGUUGAAUACAACAGCGCCCGAGUCAUAUACGAUUGCUCAUUUUAUUUAUGUUAACAUUAUUUUUAGUUGCUUUCUUUAUUUAUCACUCAUUAAUCGUGAAACCGAAUGUAAUGAUUUUUGUGUCUGUUAAAAAAAACAAUGUUGAUGAAAAGUUGAUGUAAAACUCCUUUUCACUUUUGUCACUACUUAUCAAUCUGUCAAUCAAAAAUAAAAGGAUUAAUAUUGUUUCAAAGAAAUACAUUACUUAAUAGCGCUUUCCACGUAGUUAAUAACUUUGCUCAUCGAAAAAAUACGGUGCCAUGCUUUAUAAUAAGGCACACCACGGUAUAAUGUAAUAGUAGAUAUAAUAAGCAAUUGUGAAUUAUUAAAAAUCUAUGAAGACAAA